AUGUCGCGCGGGCCGCCGCUGCCUCGGCACUUCAAGCGGCUCUUCCCAGCCGGCGCAACGCUGCUGCGGAAACUGCUGGUCGGCGUCGUCGCGCUGGCGCUUCUCGCGCUCGUCAUUUUACUGCCGCCAGCGAGCAGUCCGCUCCGCACUCGUGUGCACCACUACCACCGCGAGGAGAUGCGGCUGCGCGGCGAGGGCCGGCUUCAGGAGGUGCUGCUGGGAGACGACACAGUCGAGCCGUGUAACAAUGACAGGUGCGGCGUCGCGGUUACGAUGGGUCAGGAGAAGGUGGUGGAGUUGACAGUGUUCAUUGUGUUUCACCGUCGCUUGCACGAGCGGUUGUACGAGGGUCUCGCAUGGCCAGCGCUGCUACCGUCUUCUGUCACCGACGCCGCCACGACGCCCACUCGCCCUGUAGCAGCAGGAACAACGACAAACACGCGAGGAGUCAUUGAGAAACUACUGACGUACCGCCGGACAUUUGGCAGGCGCAACGGCAACCGCAUAUUUUUUAUAGCAACGAAGGAGCCGCUGGAGCACCGCUACUCGCCGCAGAUGGUUGAGGGACGUCUGCUGCGCGAGUGGGAGAUGCCCGGCUACGCGGCCAACACGAGCUUCCUGCAGAUGUACAGCGCCAUCAUAACGGUGUACCGCAGUGGCAUCGUGGGCAGGCCUCGCACGGUGGCGGGAGAGGAGUGGGUCGCCUUCCUCGAGUACGACAUGCGCAUUGAUCAGCAGCUGCUGCACCGCAUCCGACGACGAAUCCUGCGGCAACCCCGGGUCAAUCAGCAGACGUACCCUCAUAGUCUUCAGCAGCAGCUACACAGGUUGCCCCGCUGUUGCAUUUUUUAUGGCGCCUCGUACAACACACUGUUCCUGCUGAACAACUCCCUUGGCCGCCAGCUCUUGCGGGAGUAUAACAAUUUCUUCCAGACGUCUUUCUCGCUGCUGGACUUACCGCCAGUGAGCGCAACAGGCGCAUUCGUGGUGCCGGCGGAAGUGCUACACCGCAUCGCACCUUUCCUUGAGAGCCUUGUCAAUCUUUUGGUGGUCAACCGUAGCGCCCGCCGCGGCCUGGACGCCACAACGCCCCCUGCUUCGGAAGGCAAGCGCACCAGUAAUGCAUUAGCCGGUUCGCCGCUGGAAGUGAUGGAGGCCGCACUGGCGCUUAGUUUGGGGCUGGAGACCGAUUACGUGUAUGUGGAGGUGCCCAUCCGUCACAUGACGGAGCGCGAGUUAGAGGAAUUGGAAGAUGAACACACAGACUCGUGA